CACAACUGGCUUGUGGCACGUCAAGUUAAGGUCGUGUAAAAAUGAGAAAAUUACAUUUCUUUCAAGCUAUUCUGGGACUUCUCUUUGCCAUUCGAACAAACGCCAUGAUUUGGGAAACAGACAUGCCAAAUCUUUUAAAGCAAUGCUAUGAGCAGUUCACACAAGGACUCACCGUCGGAGACAUUCCGGGUCAUUCUGUACAAAGUUACUGUCUGAGUAGCUAUAUCUGGCAAAGCCCACAUCUUAGACAUCAACUAAAUUUGACUGAGAGCCAGGUCAACUAUAUUCGAUCCUUUUACAGAGAGUACCAACAUAGGCUUCGUAACACAAGACGUCACAAACGACAGGCGCAACGCGCCUUCCGGCGAGAAAUACGAGUCCUGGAUGAUGCAGAAAGGCAGCGAUUUUUUAAUGCCCUAGCAGCGUUGAAAGAAAACGGGUUUUACGAUACUUGGGCUAGUGUCCACAACGGCAUAGUUCUUCCAGCUGCACAUGGUGGCCCAGCCUUCCCGGGAUUUCACCGAGUUUACCUCCUUUUUCUGGAGUUUGCACUCCAAAGAAUUGAUGGCUCUGUUUCUCUCUGUUACUGGGACUCCACAAUGGACAAUGAUAUGGUUAACCCUCGGGAAACUUCUCUCUUCACCACACCUUUAGUAGGAAAUGGUAAUGGCAAUGUCAGGACGGGACCCUUCGCAGGCUGGACAGUGCCAGAUGGAUCGGUUCUGAAUAGAAACAUAGGUUCGAGGAUGUCUGCUCUGAUGACAAAGCCGGCAAUAAGUCGAUUUCUUACGGACCCCAGCGUUACAAGUCAUACACAAAUUCUUGUUGGGUAUGGACAGAAUUUAGCAAAUACCCUUGAGGGCCAGCACAACAAUGUUCACGUGUGGGUAGGAGGACAUAUGGUUGAUGCAACUGUGACUGCUUACGAUCCUGUAUUUUUUCUACAUCAUACCUUUAUUGAUUAUAUUUGGGAGCGAUUUAGGCAAAAAAUUCGACAACUGGGUGUGGAUCCCGAGACUGACUAUCCCUGGCCAAUGAGGUUUCGUCCAUCCCCGUUGCAUAAUCCAAAUCGAAAUAUGGACACAUACAGUAAUUAUACCAAUUUGGAUGGCUACAGCGAUAUUUUUGCCACGGAAUUUUUUCAGUAUGAUGAUAUGCCAUCAUGCGCUUCUAAUUGUGGUAAUUCUAGAUUUCUAACGUGUCAAGGCGGGGUAUGUGUUGCACGAACCGCUAGCGACAUCGGCGAGGCGACAUCAGCUCAAAUAAUGGCUAGGACAGCUUUCUCUUUCGAUGCAGUAUCUGAAGAGGAACCGGAACCAGCCGUGCCAUUCCUAGCCUCAUUUGUCGAUCCAAGAACGAUGAAUCAAAAUGGAAUGAAUGGGGCAGCAGGGGGUAGUCCUGCAGGAGGUGUACCCUUUCAGUCCUCUAUGAAUGAUCCAAGGACAGGGAAUGGUUUCAUUAGAAAUGGAGCAAGCCUUACCAGAGGAACUCCUGUUGGUUCCUUACAGGGUAUGCGUGGUUUCAAUACAGGAGUCCUUCCUGGUCGUUUUGGUGGCGGCUCUUCUUUGGCAAACUUUUUGAAUCCAUCCCUUUCUGGUGUUCUGGGGACGGGUGGUCAGAAUUUUGGAACCAGACAAACUAAUAUGUUAAGAUCAGGAAUUGGUCAAAAUGCUUUAGCGUUGCAGUCAGGGACACAAAACAGGUUCACCUUCACUGGGCAGCCUGGAAAUCUUCAACAGAGGUUGUUUGCAUCACCUAAUAGUCCAAUCAGACAUCUUUGGAAUCCAAGUACACAACAAAUUAACACCCAAACAAGGGGGAUAGGCAUACCUUCCCAAAUUCACAAUAGUCCUUUCAAUCUUGAAGAUGUUCGUAGAUUGGCUCAUCUUCAUGAUAUCCCGAUUCAGAAUACUUUUACUUUGGACGGCAUUUCUGACAUUCGUCGUUGGGUUUUCAUGCCAGUUCGUAUUGUUUAUAUGAGACCUCCAGGGAAUUACUUCGGAUCAAGAAUCGUGCGUAACUCAAAGAUUGUACAAAAUGUUGACAUGUACUCCCCUCAGGCAUACACCGAGUUCAUGAAUAUUUCACCAAAAAUAUCACCUGCUACCUACCCUAAUUGUUACAAAAACCUUGGAGGAUCCACCAGAGUCUUUGUACAGUCUGAUGGAUUUUCAUAUCGAGGAACAUAUAUGGACUAUGCGGUUAUAGAUGAAAGACAACCGAUAUCAGAAGCCAUCUCCUAUGUUGCUGUGAAGAAUCCUGACUUAGGAGCUGCACAGCUCUAUCUGACAGCCUCCGAUUCUUGUGGUCGAGUCUGUCAGCCUCGUUGCCUAGUUCCAGGUUCGAAUCCGCCAGCUUACCGACCAUGUUCAGGUGUUGUAAAUCUCACAAAUCGAUCACCACGUAUGUAUGGGCGAACGUAUGGAGAAGCUGUAAGAAACAGGUGGAACUUCGGCAAUAAAAACUGCCCAUCAAGUUACGGAGGGGAAAUUUUUAUGACAUUUUACUGCGACUAUGAAAACGUUUGGCCGUGGAAAAACUGCAACAGAGAAACACAAAAGAUAUCCCCAUAUUAUGGCAAAUAGGGUUAUUCCAAGUAUAGAUUGCAUGAUAUCAGCACAACUUUUACAGAUACGGAAUGCAUGAAAACUAAAUAAAAGGUUAAAAAUAAA